UUUCCUUUCACUUCAUUUUUCUUGCACUUGCUCCACACAUUUGUUCUUGUCAGUCACAGGCAAGAUGGAAAACGCUCUGCUGAUGACUCUUACGGUGCUCCUGCUCCUUGGAGUUCAAGGAAUCUCAGCUCAGUCCUCGAACAACAUCUCAACCCCCUCAACCCCACGACCCACUAGUGCUACAACCUCCACUACCCUAUGGGCCACAUGUCCGAAAAUCAUAGAAUAUAUUACUAAAUCUGAUCUGUUCCGGCUGAAGGUUAUAUGGAAGGUCAGUCCAUGUGAAGGUCAGCUGUAUGUGUAUUCUCGUGAGCGUCAAGGGCCUUUGUGCUCUAGCAGCGACAUCUCAGCCAGCUGGUGGACUGAAGUGUGUAAGGACAGAAGAUGUGGAGACUUCAAGGGCUUUAUGCACACUUCAAGCCACGCUAAAGGUUUCAAGCUCACAACAAAUAUGACAUUCAUCGAUACUACUAAGUGCAACGGCCUGCGCAUCAUGUGCCAAGAUCCUCUAGGAACAGAGUUGGCUGCUUAUAAAGCAGUAACUGGCAUAUUAAUUUUCUUGAUCUUGGGUGUCAUUCUGGUUCAGUUCAGUCGGCCCACGUACAAAGCCAUCCGCAAAAGAUUUUCACAAAAACGUCAGAAUCGCUGGGUCGGCCCGACUCAGAGCGUGUGCUAUCACAGAGGUCAAGGACCCCCAAACAAAAACACAGACAAGAGACAGUCCUUUCCUGGUUUGGAGAGGCUGACGGUAAACCAGAGCAGAGAGCCCUCAUCCAACAGAAACAGUGACUAUGACUCAUACAGCUGAAGGCCUGUGCUCACAAAAGACUUACUGACCCUAAGCACAACCCUCGUCAUCUACAAUCAGCAGAUUGUUUUACAUUACACGGCUUUGGUUGUUUGGCAAGUCAAGAAAGCUGUAAAUAUCUUUGAAAAAUAUAGCUGAGAAAUUCAUUUAGGAUAAAAUAAAAAUAAUAAUUUAGUCUCAACAUAAGCACAAACGCGCUUACUUGGUAUAGCAUAGCAGGCUUCCUUUUAUUAAUUAUUCAUUGUUUAAUGCUAUGAUUUGCUUGAUUUGAUUUGCUGUGUUUCUUUUGGUAUUGUUUUUAAAUAGUCAGAAACAAAAUGGGAUUUCGCUCAUGUUCUGAAAGAUGAUGGCUUUUUAAAACAUGUUUAUUUAUGCAAGUGAUUGAUUUUUGAGUUGG